AUGGGCGAUCAGGACCUCCCUGGAGUUCUGGUGUCUGAUCUUGAAGGACCACAUGGUAUAUGUGAAGAUCAUGUUGAAGACCUGAAGAGACACUUUAAUCUCAUUACCAUGCAAGACUUUUUGGAAAAUAAAGCACAGCUGGGUCCCAAGAUCCAAGCUGUGUAUAUCUGGGGUGGAAGGCCGGCCGUCAGCCAGGAGCUCCUGCACAGCCUGCCCUCCUUGAAGAUCGUGGCCAGCGCAGGGGCAGGGCUGGACCACCUGGACCUGGGGCUCGUGGCCAGCUUUGGUGUGAAGGUGGCCAACACACCACAUGCUGUCUCUAGCCCCACAGCAGACCUGGGGAUGGCCUUGCUGCUUGCCGCAGCUCGGAGAGUCGUGGAAGGUCAUCAGCUGGCUGUUUCACCACAUACAGAGAACUUUCCUACAGACUAUAUGGGUCAACAAGUGGCAGGGGCCACUCUGGGAAUUAUCGGCAUGGGCAGCAUUGGCUAUAAGAUUGCUCAAAGGGCCAGAGCAUUUGAAAUGAAGAUUGUCUAUCACAAUAGGAAACGCAGAAAAUUGGAGGAGGAAGAAGCUGUUGGGGCCAUUUACUGUGAGAGGCUGGAUGACCUCCUUCAGUGGUCGGACUUUGUGAUGUUGGCUGUGAGCCUGACGCCACACACCCAGGGCCUGAUCGGGAAGCGGGAGCUGAGGUUAAUGAAGCCCACCGCCAUCCUCGUCAACAUCGGCAGAGGUCUGCUAGUUGAUCAAGACGCCCUGGUGGAAGCUCUUCAGACCGGGCUCAUUAAGGCGGCAGCGCUGGAUGUGACAUACCCAGAGCCCCUGCCCAGAGAUCAUCCUUUAUUGAAGUUGAAGAACGUCACUCUGACACCUCACAUGGGAAGUGCAACUCAUCAAGCAAGACGACAGAUAAUGGAAAAUUUGGUUGAAAGCAUCCUAGCUUCUCUCAGUGGCCUUCCUAUUCCUAACGAAGUGCUGCUUAAAUAA